AUGCCGCCCCGUGUGAAUAAGACGCGCUGUGCCUCUGUUGUUGUUGGGCCAAAAAUUUGCAUUUUGAUUGUCUUGAGCAACCGAGGAAGAGAAGGGAGUGAAAAGGGAAGCAUAUUACAACGAGGAGCUCUUAAAACGACCUUGCUUCUUUCUUGUCCCGACAGAUACGACUACGAGGCCCUGCUGAACAACGCCACGUUCUGCCUCGUGCCCCGCGGCCGGCGCCUCGGCUCCUUCCGCUUCCUGGAGGCGCUCCAGGCGGGCUGCGUGCCUGUGUUGUUGUCCAACGGCUGGGAGCUGCCCUUCAGCGAUGUCGUCGACUGGAACCGCGCCGUGGUGUGGGCGGACGAGCGGCUGCUGCUUCAGGUGCCCGAGCUGGUGCGCUCCAUCCCGGCGUCCAAGGUGCUGGCGCUGCGGCAGCAGACGCAGAUCCUGUGGGAGCGCUACUUCUCGUCCAUUGAGAAGAUCGUCUUCACCACGCUCGAGAUCGUCCGCGAGCGCAUCCCCUGGCAGCCGGUCCGCGAGGGCCUGGCGUGGAACGUGAUGCCCGGCGGGCUGGUCACGCUGCCCCGCUUCGCCGACUCGUCCUCCCGCUUCCCGUUCUACUCGGAGCGGCUCGGCGGGCUCACGGGCGGCGAGGGCGCGGCGCGCGCGUCCGCGACCCUGCAUGGCCUCCAGGGCCUCCAGGGCCUCCAGGGCCUCCAGGGCCUCCAGGGCCUCCAGGGUCUGCAGCACGCCGUCGUGGACUCGGACUCGGGGUCCGUGGAGGCGGAGCGGUUCACCGCCGUCAUCUACGCCGGGCAGCUGGCGGCGGGCCGUGGCGCUGGGGGCGCGGCGCAGCAGCCCGUCACCACGCCCGCCCCCGCGCUCAGCAGGCUGCUCAGGAACGUGGGCCGCAGCGCCUUCGUCGACAGGGUGCUGGUGCUGUGGUCAGGAGAGCGCCCGCCGCCCGCCCGCUCCCGCUGGCCCAGCCUGCCGGGCCACGUCCCCCUCACCGUCCUGCAGCUGCACAACGCCCCAGUGCCGACGGGCAGCUCCAAGACGCUGGGCGCCGGGGCAGGCAUUUCCCAGCGGUUCUACCCCUACCCGCUGAUCCAGACUGCCGCCGUGCUGUCGCUCGACGAGGACACCUUGCUCACGACCGACGAAGUCGACUUUGCCUUCCAGGUCUGGAAGUCAUUCCCAGACCGGAUAGUCGGCUACCCUGGGCGCUCACAUUACUGGGAUGAUGCAAAAGGCUCUUGGGGGUACACGUCAAAGUGGACCAACGAUUAUUCAAUGGUACUGACUGGGGCUGCAUUUUACCACCGAUAUUAUAAUUAUUUGUACUGGCACUGGUUAAGCCCACUGCUACAUAAGACUGUAGAGCAGUCACAGAACUGUGAAGAUAUUCUUAUGAACUUUCUAGUUAGUCACGUCACUCGGCGUCCCCCAAUUAAAGUCACGCAGCGCAAGCAAUACAAAGACCAGCCUGCAGGAGGAGCAAGGUCCCCUUGGAAUGACCCUGAUCAUUUCAUUCAACGCCAAACUUGCCUCAACACUUUUGCAGCUGUAUUUGGGUACAUGCCUUUACUCAGAUCAAACAUGAGGUUAGACCCAGUGUUAUUCAAGGAUCCAGUUUCAAACAUGAGGAAGAAAUAUCGCCAAAUGGAGCUUGUAGGGAGCUAGUACUGGCUAACAGGCAGCAAAAAUAUCACAAGAAGAAAAGCUGCCAUCAUUUAAUAAUAUUAUAAUUUGCCAUAACUGCUGUUGAUAUCUCAGAAGCAUGUUUAGAUGUCCUGUGCAGAUUGUUCUGUAAGAAUGAAUUCCAUGAACACUGCCACUUCAAAUAAGGAAAUCAGGGUAGUUUAUCUCUCAAUUCCCCUUUUACUUCAAAGUCCUUUCACUGAGAUUUGAGACUUUCAUAAUGCAUAUCAAUAUAUUUAUCCAACAUAUUUAGCUGAGACUCAAUAAAAUAAGCACAUUGAAGGUUUUACUAACUUAAAUGAACUUGAUGGUGAAGUGCAAUAAUUUUUAACCUUCAAUUGGUGGCCCAUUCAAAAAUUGUACUCCUUCACCAGUACAUUUUAAGCAUUUCCACUAAGUCUGAUAUAACUAUUGUUAAUCUUUUGCUGUUCCAAGUUACAGUACUUAUCACUUGUGAAUUGUCAUUAAGCUCUAGAUUGGUCUGUAUUACUCUUCACAAUGAGACUGGCCAAAUUGAAACUUCUUAUGAGAAAACACUUUGGUCUGUUCAUAAAAGUUGAAUUAAAAUCAGAGAAGAAAUUGUGCCGUCCACCCAAGGCCUAAUCCAAUGAAGCAGGAAUUGAGGUCAAUUACUCCCUCAAAAUUUUGACAUAAAAGCAUCAGGUAAACUCAGGCUUGAAGAAUACCUUUUUUGGUUUGAACUACCGUGAAUUGCCUCAAACUAUCUCUGCAAAUAAUAAUUUACUUGAAGUUUUAAAUCUUUCCUUUGUUUUAAAUUAUUAAUUAUUAUUCCACAUUGUGCCAUGAAUUUUGACUAAGGUAUGAAAGUUAAAAUGUUUGUGCUUGAUUGGCACAGAUUGUGCAUUGUUACUUAUAUAUUGUCAAAUGUUGUACGCAUCUAAAUCAGUAUAGUCAACAUAUUGAUGUACUUGUGAUGAUAAGGUUGAUUUUGUGUUGGAUUUUUAAACUAUGUUCAUUAUCAUUUUACUUUUAUUUUUCUGAUUUAAUAUUAGUUUCUUUUUAAAACUUUACUUUGCCUGUUAAUUAAACAUUUGAGUCUUUAAGUUAAACAUGAAUGUGAUAACAUUGGCCAUUUGACAAACACUUUUGUUUUUUCCUUGAAUGAGAGUGGUGUAUGAUAAGGGACAUUUUAAUUUUAAGGAUGGGUGGGAACUAAUAAUAUAGAGUGGCAUAUCAUGAAAUGUGCUCAAUUUAAUGGUGACCUAUACAUUCUGAAAUCCCCUACAGCUCAAUCAGCUUCUUGCAUAGCCUGUUUGUGCAGCAUAAAAUGUAAUUAAUGCAAUUUUCCUCCGCUGUUUGAUUGUUGCUGUAUCACCCACCAAUUUCAUUUUUGUUUCUAAGUUGUAUAAUUUCAUGUUGAUCACGCUGUGAAUGUUUUUAAAGAUUACAUGUGCGAGGUUUUAUUGAACUGUAACCAACUGCUCUGUCUCUCUCUUGUUCUUAAGGAAGUGAAGAAGAAUUAAUUGUUAGUAAAUUCUUUAUGAAAUUACUCUUCAUGUUUCUGUGUUAUUUAAGUCAGACAGAGUCUGAUAUUUUUUGUAUGACUUCUGACAUAUCAGUUUUUCUGUUGUUGUUUUUGUAAUCUAAUAGAUAAGAAAUGUAUAUUUUCUAGAAGAGGGUAUUGUGAUCUUAAUGCCCACAGACUGACAUAAAGCAAAUCAUUACUCUAGAUAUAUUUGUUUUGAUAUUUAGUGUUGUAUUAAUAAUUGCUGUUUAUGGAGGCACGUAAGUCAAAGUCUCUCAUACAACUGCCAGAUCUUAUGAGAAUGUACAAGUGCAUAACAAACAUGAUCUUCAUUGAUAUUGUGUCACUCAAACUGUUUUUUAAAUGCACAAUCUACUGAAAGUAUGUUUUAUUUUGCAAGAUUAGAAUUACCAUUUGGUUACUUUUAGUUCCAGAAUGAAUCUUAUGGUAAGUACCAUAAGAAACAUUUUUAAUCUAAAAUUUAUCAUCACCAUUGCUCCGCUUUAGCCGUCCAGAUUCAGGGAUACUAAGGUUCUUAAAAAGAUUACAGGCAUCAUUUUUAGACUGUAUGUUGGUAUUGGGCUGAAAUUUACAGACCUAAUGUAUCAUUUUUGAAAAAGGAGUGUACGCCUAUAAGUGUCAAUUUAUUAUACCAUUUUUGAAUUAUUUUUCUGUCUUAAGUCUUAAGCCUUUGGCUUCAACAGAAAUUUUUUGCAGAUGUUAAAUUGUUGGAAUGAAGCAUUUGUCCAUUUCAGUAGUUCUGCAUAUUCCAUUGUAGAACCCUUUCCAUAAUUACUCUGAAAUUAAGGGAAACAAGUUAGUGUAGAGUUAUAUUUUAGUACUGCGUAGUUUAUUUUUAUGGUUGAUUGUUGCCGAAGCUCUUUUCACAACUCACCGAUUCGCUCAAAGUUACAUUGCUAAACUUCUUUUAGGAAUGUACCUGGCAACAUAUGAAUUGAUGUAUGUAUAAUAAAUGAAUCAUUGCGUAGCAAUGACCAAAGCAGCAUCUAGUUCCUGAACAAUGUCGAAAUGUUAAUGUACAUUGCUCUCUUUGUUUCCCUGUGUACCCUCAAGUGAUAACUUCUAAAAACCAUUUUAGUGCAAACUGUGCUAAGUACUACUGUAUUUAUUUAUUUUUUCCCUGAAAGUUAGAAACUUUUAAUUUGUGUUUUGCUGGUGUAGAAAAACAAAACAAAAAAAAAAAUCAUGUUUGAACUACUCAUAAUGACAAUGAGAUCACAAUUUGACACAGCCUUUUAUUAUUUUAUAGUUACUGACAUGAGUCUAGCUAACUUGUCAGGCUACAUUUACAUUUUGUCUAUGAUGAAGAUGUACAUAUUGUAGUUGUAAAUUAGUUUUACAAAAAUGUGUUUGUACAGUUUUGUACACAGUUGAUAUAUUUGAAUUUCAAUUACUGGUAGACACCUAGAAUUAUAAGAGAAAACUUGCCAUAAAUGUUCCUUCAUUCCUGGACAAAGAUAUUAAUUUAGCAAUAAAACCAAAUAAAUUUA